AUGUCAGUCACAUCGGCACCAAAGGCAUCGCAUAUUAAAGCUGCUCACAAGGUCCUUCAUUACUUGAAAGGUACCAUUGGUCUUGGAAUCUUCUAUUCGGCUGAUUCAGAUUUGCUGUUGAAGGGAUUUUCUGAUGUUGAUUGGAACUCUUGUGCUGAUACACGACGCUCCACCCCUGGUUUUUGCAUGUUUCUUGGACCUUCCCUCAUCUCUUGGAAAUCUAAGAAACAGCAAACAUCUUCUCACACAUCUGCUGAAUCCGAGUAUCAAGCUAUGGAGUUUGCGGUUCGUGAAAUCACUUGGCUUGUUAACCUUUUGACAGAGUUUUAA